AUGACGCCGGCGGCGACGACGACGUGGCUCGCGCCCGCGCGCGCGCUACCGGCGCGUCGCGCGGCUCUCCGCGCGGCGGGAGCGACCGCGGCGGCGGCGUUUCCUCGUCCGCUCGCGCGAGGACGACGACGCGAUCCGUCCGAUGCGGUCGAAGUCGACGACGCGAGGCGGGUGACAUCGUCGUCGUCGUCGUCGUCGUCGUCGUCGUCGUCCUCGUCGUCCCUCGCCGCGGACGUCCGCCGCCGCCGCCGUCGCGCAGCACGCCGCGUCGUCGCCGCCGCCGCCGCGCCGGCGCCGCCGCCCGACGCUCCCAGCCUCGGCUCUCUCCUCGCGAACGGCGUCGCGUUCGAUCCCGGCGUCGCCGCGGCGUGCACGCUCGCGACGUUCAAGGUCGUCGCCCUGUGCGCCAUCAUCGGCAGGCUCAUGCGCGCGAACGUCCUCCCGAGAGAGACCCCGGUGGUCCUCUCCAAGCUCGCGUUUAACGUCAUGCUGCCGUGCUACCUCUGCACGCGCGUCGCGAUGACGCUCCACUCGACCCCGCUGACGCUCGGAUUAGGUGCGUUCUAUCUCACACUGGUCCCCAUACGACCGCGUCGGCGUGGUGAACGCCGAUCCUUAAGGAAUUUUCCCGGCGCAUCUCUCCGCCCAGGGUCCCUCGCGUUCAAUCCCCGCCCUCGACGCCUUUCAACUCCGCUUCUGACGCCUUUCAACUCCACCCCGACGUCGCUGCGUAUGGAACGACCCUCAGCCGCGCUGCCGGCGAGCGCGGUGACGAGCGUGCUGUUCGGCGGCGUGGUCGGCGUCGCGCUGACGUCCGCGUUCGACGCGAUCUGGGGGCCCGCGGGAGGAGGCGGCGGCGGCGGCGACGACGACGCGGCGGCGGCGGCGACGACGACGACGGAUAGCGCGAAGGCUGAGAUGGAUCCGAUGACGCGCGUGGGGGUCGCGUGCGCGGCUUUCGGAAACACGUUCACGCUGCCUCUGCUGUUCGUCGUCGAGGUCCUCGGCGCGUCGUUCGGGGAUAGGGUCGCGGGGUACAUCGCGCUGUAUUUGAUCGGGUGGUCCCCCGCGCUGUGGACGGUCGGGUACUUGUACCUCUCCGGCGCGAGCGGCGGCGGCGGCGGCGGCGGCGCGGGCGGAGGCGGAGACGAAAGAAAAGGCGGCGCGCGCGAGACGAUCAAAUUGAUCGCGAAAGAGUGCGUCAACCCGCCGCUGGUCGGCAUCUUCCUCGGGGUGCUGAUAGGGGUCACGCCCUUGAAAGGGUUCUUGAUCGGGAAGACCGCGGCCGCCGCGAUCGGCGGCUUGCACCCGAUCGCGGCGCUCCCGUCACUCGUCGCCAAGGCGCUGUUCGAGCUCGCGACGCUCAUCGGCGCCGGCGCGUUGCCCGGGCAGACGCUCGUGCUCGCGUCGUCGUUCGUGAAGUUUAAGUCCAGGGCGCAGGUGGAGGCGGAGGAGGCUGCUCUUUUGAAAGAAACGGUCGGAGAGGAGACGUUAUCGAUGCUGUCGAAGAUGAAGGCGAUGUUCGCGUUCGGCGCGAGCGACGCGAGGGCGCUGCUCGUCGCGUCGGCGGUUCGAUUUUUCAUCCUGCCGGCGUCGAUGACGCUCUUCGCGCUCGCGCUGAAAGCGGCCAACUCGCCGUGGUACCCCGCCGACCCGGUCGUCGCGAUCGUCGUCCUCACCAUGGCCGCGAUGCCGCCCGCGCAGAACUUGGUGUUGCUCACGAAUUUACAGGAGAACACGAGGUACUUGGCGCCGAGGCUCGCCGGGUUGUUGCUCCGGAUGUACGUGCUCGCGAUACCCCCGGUCACGCUGUGGCUGACCGCGUUCGCCGCCGUCACCGGGUUUAGCGCGUGA